UAAAUAUCGCAUUAUAGUUUUUUAUAAAAUAAAACCAAGUUUUGUUGGAAUAUUUAUUGUCUGUAACUUAUCUGCGAUCAAAUAUAUAAUAUAUCUGUAAUCUGGUCAAACCAGUGAGAACAAAAAAAGUUUAAUGGUCUGCCUCUGUUUUGAUUCUCUUUUUCUCUUAAACUUCAGAUUUGUAUUGUUUUUCAUACAACAAUAAUGGGUACAGAAAAUUACGGUGAUGAUUUCGAUUUACCGUGUUCUGACGACGAAUUAGCAAAUAGUGGCGUUUUUGUCGGAAAGAAUUGGAUGCCGGAUCCGAUGGAAUUAGAAGAACUAUACAAAACAAUUGAAAAGUCAGGUACGUUGAAUUUCGAAUGGAAGUGCCCAGGAAGACGAGCGUUAUCCCCUGUGCCAGUGAGUAAAGAAAACCAACCUGAAGUACCGACAUCUCCAAUACGCGAGGAGAAAUCUGACUUCGAUUUUAUGGACGAAGUUAGUUCACUGAGACUGCGAGUGCGGAGAGAGGGAGAGGACACUCUUCGAGGAUCAGCUAAGAAAAAGACUACAUCCUUCGACGGCAUUUUGUCUAAUAUGAUCAGACACAAAAGGAUAGAGCAAUUAGAGAAACAAGCCAAUACUCCUACGAGCACACCAUCUAGCACAACUUGAAAUUUCUCAUAAUGUUACUAAGAUUAAACUAUGAAUGUAAAGUUGUAUUACUGAAUAGACAGUAUUUGUUCUGUGCAAUUUUCUGAGGGUUGUCACUAUUGGUCUUGGUGUCUUUUUAUAGAGAAAUCUAGAUGUAUUUUUUAUUAUUUAUAUACUAAUAGGUAUUCUAUUGCAGAAAUAUAUUAUAAGUUUAAUAAAA